AUGGCCUCGCCAAAAGAUCCGAGUGGGCUGUCGAUGGAGUCCUAUGCUCUAACCAUGGGAGAGCGGGGAUGUAUUACCCCAGCCAACACCAAUGAAAUAAAGAAAGCUUACAGAAAAUUGGCAAAAGCACUACACCCCGACAAAAAUCAAGAUGAUCCAGACGCAUCUCAAAAGUUUCAAGAUCUAGGUGCGGCAUACGAAGCACUUUCGGACCCAGAAAAACGAGAAUUAUAUGAUAGGUGCGGCGAAGAGUGUCUUAAAAAGGAUGGAAUGAUGAAUAAUAAUGAUCCUUUCGCAAGCUUCUUUGGAGAUUUCGGUUUUCAUUUUGGCGGAGAGUCUCAGCACCACGAAACUCCUCGUGGAGCUGAUGUACUCAUGGAGCUCACUGUGUCUCUAGAAGAACUUUAUAAUGGAAACUUUAUAGAAAUUACACGUAAUAAGCCAGUUAUUAAACCUGCAUCAGGCACCCGUAAAUGUAAUUGUAGGCAGGAAAUGGUGACCAGGAAUUUGGGUCCUGGUAGAUUUCAAAUGAUGCAACAAACAGUGUGUGAUGAGUGCCCGAAUGUUAAACUGGUCAAUGAAGAAAGACUUUUGGAAAUUGAGGUGGAAGUAGGAGCCCCUGAUAACCAUAAAACAAGGUUGAGAGGUGAAGGUGAACCACAUAUGGAUGGAGAGCCUGGUGAUUUGAUUAUAGUUUUUAAAACAGAAAGGCACCACCAGUUCACUCGUCGGGGUGAUGAUUUAUAUACUAAUGUCACCAUUUCAUUGCAGGAUGCUCUUACUGGUUUUACAAUGGAGCUACAACAUCUUGAUGGGCAUAAAGUAACAGUUUCGCGUGAUAAAGUAACAUGGGCAGGGGCCCGUGUGCGUAAGAAGGGAGAAGGCAUGCCCAAUUUUGAAAAUAACAACCUUCAUGGAAACUUGUAUGUGACAUUUGACAUUGAAUUUCCUAAACAAGAUUUUUCUGAAGAUGAAAAAGAAGAGUUGAGAAAAAUACUUAAGCAAUCACCAAACAAAAAACUUUAUAAUGGACUU